CCGAGAAGCCGGGGCCCCGGCGGGAAAAGGGUAGAAUCGCUUCCGGCUCAGGGGUCGCGGUGCCGUCCCCCCCGCCCCCGCGGAGCAGAGUGUGGGGGUCUCCCCCAUGCUGCAGCUAGUGGGUCAGCGGGAACCCAGGAGUCCGGGGGAACCCCUCCCAUCUUGUUGGGGGGCUGGCUGUCGCCGCCUCAUCCCCUUACCAUUAAAGAGGGACUCCGAUCGGGGGCGGCAGAGCCAGGACGCCCCCCAUCCCCGCGUCCCCCCGCUGGGGCUGGAUCGGAGCCAGCGCCCCCGAGAGGGGAAAGGCCCCGGGUCCCUGCGGAGAUGGCGGCCCCCCGGCGGCUGGGGCGGAAGAAGCCGGUGCCCGCCUGCCCUAACCCCCUCUUCGUGCAGUGGCUGACCGAGUGGAGGGAUGAGGCCGCUGAGAAGGGCAAGAAGACCCAGUUCGUGUAUCAGAGGGCUCUGGGCUCCCUUCGAAGGUACCCGCUGCCCCUGGACAGUGGGCGUGAGGCCGCGAUUCUGCAGCAUUUUGGGGACGGGAUCUGCCGGAGGCUGGACGAGCGGCUGGAGAGGCACCGUGCUGAGCAGGGUGCAGAUGCCCCCCUUGAAGCCAUGGGAAGGGCCAGCCCCUCCAUGGGGGGCCAGGAAAGUGAUCCCCCUGGCACAGAGCACCGCUCCCUCAGCAACCCCUCUGCCUCACAGACCUUACUUGGGGAUUUGGAGCCUCCCCCCACGAGGAAGGCCCGUCCCCCCCGGCAGUAUGUCCCAGCCCCACACUCCGGGGCCUAUGCUGUGCUGCUAGCCCUCUAUAAGGACAGCAUGAGCCCACGCAGCCGGGGGUUCCUGACGAAGCCUGAGCUGCAGCGGGCAGCUCAGCCGCUGUGUGACAAAUCCUUCACCCUGGGCGACCCUGGAAAUAGGUACACGGCGUGGGCAUCGGUGGGUACCUUGAUCCGCAAAGAGCUGGUGCUGAAAACCAAUGUCCCAGCCAGGUACUCUCUGACACCGCAGGGGCUGGUGCUAGCCCAGAGGCUUGUGGCUGUGGAGCAGGCCCUGAUUUCAGAGGGUCGAGCCCCAGAAUCCAAGACACCCCAGGGCACAGAGCCCACGGAUCCUGCUGGGCAGGAGAAACUGCGCCCAGAGCCCCAGCUGCUUGACAGUGCCCUGGGACCCCUGGAGGGGACAGCGGGUGGCUCUGGAGGGCAGAGGCCCCAUGACCCUGAAUUCGUGCUGAGACCUGGCCAGUUUGACAUCAUCCUGUGUGUGGAUUUCAUCGAGACCAUGGGUGGCCCAGCAGCCCGGAAGCAGGACCUGAUGGCUGAGCUGCGCAGGAACGCCGUGCCCUUCGACGUGCGCAAGCUGCAUGUGGGAGACUUCAUGUGGGUCGCCCGUGAGAGAGUCCAGCCCCGUCCAGGGCAGCUGCACCUGCCCCCAGCGCGGGAGCUGGCCCUGGACUAUGUGGUGGAGCGGAAGCGAAUGGCUGACCUGUGUGGGAGCAUCAUCGACGGGCGCUUCCGUGAGCAGAAGUUCCGUCUGUGUCGCUGUGGCCUGCGCCACCCCAUCUACCUGCUGGAGGAAUCCGGAUCAACCCAGCACCUGAGCCUGCCCGAGAGCACUCUGCAGCAGGCAGCCACCAGCACCCAGGUAGUGGAUGGCUUCUUUGUCAAACGUACCCGUGACCUGCGGGAAUCAGCUGCGUAUCUGACCAUCAUGACACGUCGUCUGAAUAGCCUGUAUGGGAACAAGACCCUGAUGAGCUGCACCAAGGAAGAGUCUCAGGGCCGCGGCCCGCUGCAGCCCAACAGCGACUCCUGCAUCCUAAUGACCUUCCAGGAGUUCAAUGAGGGAGCUGUCAAGAACAAGGCCCAGACUGUGCGUGAGGUGUUCGCUCGGCAGCUCAUGCAGAUCAGUGGAGUGAGCGGAGAGAAAGCAGCCGCCAUUUUGGAGAGAUACAGCACACCGGCCAGUUUCCCCUACUCUAGAAAGCUUGGGGGUUGGGAGCCCAAGUCCCUGCCCCCCCCUCACUGUCUGUCUCCACCCCAUCAGCCUGCUGGCCGCCUACUCUACCUGCCCAGACCCUGAGAGCAGGGACAAGCUGCUGAGCACCAUCAAGUGUGGCAAACUGCAGAGGUGAGAGUAAGCAGCGCGUGGACCCUCAGGCUUGACCCACGCCCCCUGCCAGCCUGGUACUAGGGUCCCCCUUGCCAGUGCCCCUUAUCCCCAACCCACAGCCCCGGGCUCCCCCUCAGUCCAGCUGAUUCAUUCACUCCAGGGAUCAGUAAAACCUCCCUCUGUCUUCAAAAGCUUAUUUAGGAUUUUUGAAUUAUCUCCUGGCUUUUGGGCUAUUUUAGUCCCUGGGGUCUAGAGGGAGGCAGGGAGCCAGGACUCCUAGGGUCUCUGUGCUCAGUUUCUGGCUGUAGCAGAUGGUCGGAAGUUGGGGCCUCCUGCUGUGCCCCUCCCCUAGCCCUAACACCCCUUUCCCCAUUGUGCUUCCUCCCCCAGGAACCUGGGCCCUGCCCUGAGCAGGACACUCUCCCAGCUGUACUGCAGCCCUGGCCCCCUCUCCUGAACAGGGGGAAUCUCAUCUGUCCUGUUGCCAGGGCCCCCAGCACCUCAGGCUUCGCCCUGGGCCUAGUGCUCUAGCUGGGGACUGCAGGGGUGCUGUAGCCCUUUGACAGGGGUGCUGCUGGGCAGGGAGCCAGCUCCCUUCUCCUGGGGCAGAGCGGUCAGGUGGGGACUCUGCCUCUGUGGGGUGUACGCCCAGGGGGCAUGGUGGCCUUGCAGGGAGGGAGGCUUCUGGGUGUGUGUAGAAGGACUGUCUAGGGCUUUCGGCCCCAGUGUUUGUUUUAAUGAAUCUUUGUAUUUCCCUUCUUCCAAUAAAUUUGAUUAUUCCUUUGUUC